ACUAUGAUCAAGAGAUAGCAAGCAAUCUGAAUGCAAAUAUCAGAUUGUUUACAUAGUCUAAACAUUCCAUAUUAAAGCCCAAAUCCAGUUAGAUCGUAAACAUAAUGGUACAUAAAUGUGUGGUAGGUGGUUGUCCGAACCGAUCGGAAACCAUUAUUCAUUACAUGUUACCCGAGGAUCCGAAAAGACGCAAACUUUGGUUAAAGUUUAUUGAAGACAGUAAAGCUGAUGAGGAAAACGCGAGCCCUUCAUGCCGGGUGUGUGGGGAUCAUUUCUCCGAGGAUAACUACUUCAGAAUGAAUCUGGGUCACACCACAUGUAUGAUACUGAGCGUGGAUGCUGUUCCUACAGUAUAUACUGUUCAUCGAUCAUCUGAGACGGCAAAGGAGAUACGGGAAGCAGAAAAUGAGAGUGUGGAAGAUGAAACAUGCAAAAUCACAAUUUCGGAGGCCAUUUCACUUGCUUGUGUCAAAGAAGAGCCUCUUGAAUAUGAGCUGAGUGCCAACAUGACAUCUGGACAAGAGCAAGAUGAGUGUGUUAAAUAUGAGGAGAGUGAGCUGGCCGUUACAGAAGACUGUAUUUCGACCGCCAUCUUUGAGAAUAAAGAAGAUCAUGUCAAAAGAAAGUAUAUCAGCUGUUUAUCUUGUGGCCAGAGGUUUCGUAGUAGACGCAACCUAAUGAAGCAUCUACGUGCUAAUCACUGUAAAAAGAAGACCGAAUCUGAAGUUAAAGAAAGGUUUUAUAUGUGUUCAACUUGUGGGGAGAAGUUUAAUGAAAUGCGUCUCCUUUUGCGACAUCGAGUCAUACACACUAGGGAGAAUCCCGAUGGGAGGUUUGGGUGUCAACAGUGUGGAAAAGCCUUUGCCCAUCAGGCUUUUUUGAAAGCUCACCAGAAAGUUCACGAGGAUGCAGAGUCGACCAUGCCGUUCACCUGCCACUUAUGUCCCAGACGUUUCGGCUACAAAGUUGCUUUCGUUGCUCACAUGAAGCAUCACUCAUCCAAACUUACGUGCAUCUGCCCCAUCUGUGAAAAGACCUUUCAGUUCAGAGGUUCCCUCGUUCAGCACCUCAAAUCCUCUCAUGCUGGAGAAAAACUCUUGUGCAAGACAUGCGACAGGGGUUUUCUAAGAGUCAAUGGCUACAUCAAACACAUGGACCAACACAAUGUGAUGACCCCGUUCUACUGCGACAUCUGCAAAAUAUAUCUCUCACAGCGAGGCUACGCGGCACACAUGCUCACCCAUGAGCAGAAGCCCGAAGAGUCCGUUGAGAACCAACCAAACGCUAUCGAUGUGAACAUUUCAGAAGAAGGAAUCGAGCCUGUGACCGCGAGGCAGGAAGAUGCCAUAAUUGAGCCACUCAGCGAAGAUGAGAUGGAAGUUCUUGCUGAGAGUUCAAUGGAUCUGUCAACAGUGGAGGAUGUGGAGUCUGGAAUGGUUCUGGAAAAGGAACUUCCUCAAGAUAACCAUGAAGAGAAGGAGAAGAGCGAGGACAGCGCUGGCACACAAUGAGCCAAUGAGAUCUCGGUUUAAACAAGUUUUAAACUAGUACUGUAUAAUACAUUUAGUUAGAUUUAGUAUAAACCAUUUAGUUUACCCGAGGCAAAGUAUUUUUUUUAUUUCAAUAGUCAGGAUUAUGAUUAAAUCUAAGAGCCUAAUCCAAUUAAAAUGUUUAAAUAUUAGUUACACUGUUAACUAAAUAUUGUAGGCAGAUUUCUGUAUUAUGUCUCUGU